AUGUCGAGCAACGUUCUGGGUCAAACUCUUCGCUCGUCGAAGAAUGCUGUUCAAAAGGCGUUCGUCGCGACUGCUCCGAGCUCGGACAUGCUUCGUUUCCGUUCCCCAGUUCUUCAAACAAAUACAACUAAACUUGCUCGUUAUGGAGGACGUCACAAUGUAACCGUUCUGCCAGGGGAUGGAAUCGGACCAGAGAUGAUUCAUCACGUUGAGAGAAUCCUUACUACCGUUCAGGCUCCAAUCGACUUUGAAGAGGUUAAUCUGACAUCAAAAGAAGAUGCUUCUGAAGAUCUUGCCGAAGCAAUCACCGCGAUUAAGAGAAACGGAGUUGCGCUCAAGGGUAACAUUGAAACCAAGUUUGACAAUCCAAGUUUCGUCUCUCGCAACUUGGAACUUCGUCGCCAGCUCAACCUUUACGCGAACGUUCUUCACUGCUCCACCAUUCCAACCGUUCCUAGCAGACAUACUGGAAUCGACAUGGUCAUCAUUCGUGAAAACACGGAAGGAGAGUAUUCCGGAAACGAACACGAGGCUGUUAAUGCGCCUCAUCCGCGCGUUGUCGAAUCUUUGAAAGUUGUGACUCGCGAAAAAUCGGAACAGAUCACUCGCUUCGCAUUCCAAUUUGCCAAAAAAUACGGGAGAAAGAAGGUCACUGCUGUUCACAAAGCGAAUAUUCAGAAGUUAGGCGAUGGACUUUUCUUGAAAGUGGCAACAGAUAUCGCCAAAAACGAAUAUCCGGAGAUUGAAUUCAAUGCGAUGAUUGUCGAUAACGCUUCAAUGCAACUGGUGUCUCGUCCACAACAGUUCGACGUUAUGCUUAUGCCAAAUCUUUACGGAAACAUUAUCUCAAACAUUGCCUGCGGACUCGUCGGUGGACCUGGUCUUGUGUCUGGAAUGAACAUCGGAGAAGACUACGCUGUUUUUGAGACAGGAACUCGUAAUACUGGAACUACUCUCGCUGGAAAAGACAUGGCCAAUCCGACUGCUUUUAUUCGUGCUUCGGUUGACAUGCUCCGUUUCCUCGGACUUCAAAUGCAUGCUGACAUUAUUUCCGAUUCGCUGUUCCGUACUCUUGUAGAUAAAAGAAUUCACACUGCUGAUAUUGGAGGCACCGCCAAGUCUUCGGAGCUGGUCCAGUCAGUGAUUGAGUUCAUCGAGAAGGAACUUGAAGAUAGAAACUACCGUGUUUGA